AUGUCGUCGCAGGCCGGGCCACAGAAACCCCAGAUCCAACCAUGUCGCUACAAGACAGGGAAAACACUGGGCGCAGGCUCAUAUUCGGUGGUGAAAGAAUGUGUCCAUAUUGACACGGGAAGAUACUAUGCUGCUAAAGUCAUCAACAAACGACUCAUGGCCGGUCGGGAGCAUAUGGUGCGCAAUGAGAUUGCCGUACUCAAACGAGUCUCGGUGGGACACCGAAACAUCCUGACCUUGGUCGACUAUUUCGAGACGAUGAACAAUUUGUAUCUCGUUACAGACCUGGCACUAGGAGGAGAAUUGUUCGACCGCAUCUGCCGGAAGGGCUCAUACUAUGAAUCUGACGCUGCAGAUCUCAUCCGUGCAACUCUGUCAGCCGUGGCGUACCUUCAUGACCAUGGCAUUGUCCAUCGAGACCUCAAACCAGAGAACUUGUUGUUUCGGACACCGGAGGAUAACGCGGACCUCCUCAUUGCCGAUUUCGGUCUGUCGAGGAUCAUGGACGAGGAACAGUUUCACGUCCUGACCACAACGUGUGGAACUCCGGGCUACAUGGCUCCAGAGAUCUUCAAAAAGACCGGACAUGGCAAACCAGUGGACAUUUGGGCCAUUGGCGUCAUCACGUACUUCCUCUUGUGCGGCUACACGCCCUUCGACCGCGACAGCAACCUCGAAGAAAUGCAAGCCAUCCUCGCCGCCGACUACUCCUUCACCCCCGUUGAAUACUGGCGGAACGUGUCCGAAACGGCCCGAGACUUCAUCAGGCGGUGUCUCACAAUCGACCCGCGUGCGCGCAUGACGGCGCACCAAGCUCUCCAGCAUCCCUGGAUCAAACCUGAAGACCCCGCCAGUCCCGAGAAAGCAGCCGGCGAAGGAGAGGAUCUCCUUCCGACCGUGAAGAAGAAUUUCAAUGCCCGACGAACGCUCCACAAGGCCAUCGACACGGUCCGCGCGAUCAACAAGCUCCGCGAAGCCGGAGGGUUGAUGGCCGGUCAGAUGGAUGGAGCUAUGAGCGUCGACCCGAAACCCAAGGCUGAAAUGGUCAAUGGCAGCAAAGUGCUCAACGACCAAGGUCAACAAAUUCAAGGCGAGGAGGCCAGAGGCCCUCCGCAGCAGACGGAGACCGGGGACGGCGGCCACGACCCGGACGCAAUGGAGAUUGAUUCUCGGGGUAACGCGCGCGGCCAGACACAGGACCAGAUCCGACGGCAGCAGAAAAAGAUUGCCGAGACCGUUAGUGGACUCUGGGGCCACCGGCAUUAA